AUGUUUCGACGGAAGAAAGGUCGAGGCGAAUCGGAGACCAAGAAAAGUUCGAACGAAUUCAUGGUGGAUAGCUUUGAAUCCGUUCCAGCGACGCCGCCUCUUGUAGAUGCACCAUCUCAAGUAUCAUCAACAAAGGAUGAUUCAUUGGAAAAUGAUUAUCCUAUAAUUGAUGAAAGGGAGUUUCGUCGAGCUCUCGAUCGGUGUUAUACACAGUCGCAGAAUGGAAAUGUAUGCAAAUUAAAUUUCAGUAAAAUACCCGCGCGAAAUACAUUCGAAAAUUUGUUGGAAGAAAUGGGGAUUAAAAUAUGCACAAGUGACGAUGAUAAAGUAUCAAUAUAUCUAGCAAAUAGUUUUCAUGAUCUGAUAAAGAAACUGGAUGCAUACUGCAAGGAUGACAAUAAAAGAGCAACUUUCUUCGAUCUUUUCGAGAAAGAAAUUAUUGAAGAGCCUAAACUUAAAAUGUAUUUAUCACCUUCCGCUACUGAAGCAGGAUAUGUGGAUACAUUUAUUCGAGCUUUGCUGAUGUCAAAUUCAUCACAGGCCUCCACAUUCGAUUUGAUACUUAGAAAGAUUGAAACUUUUGCGAAAAGCGUUGUUAGUGAUUGCACAAAAAGUGACUCCCUUGCACUUGGCUGUAUCGCACAAUUUCGUUAUUUGGAUACUAUAUAUGAUUGUGAACGGAUUUUUAAUUCUAUUUUUGAUUGCGAUUUGGAGAAUUGGCGUUGUGCACCACGUGACGCCUUGAUACAAGUUUUGCCGGAAAUUCUACCUAGUCAAGUCGUCCAGCAAGAUGCCGCAAACAAUUUGCAACAAAUGUUUCUGAGAAGUGUUCAUGACAAUUUACUAUCCUUUCGAGUCACUAUCCUCCAAACACUUCUUUUACUUCGCACUGAUGAGCAAACAACAAAUAAGAUUCAUGGAAUCAUGUUGCAAAAUGUCAUGAAAUUGAAUAUAGAGGUUUUGCCGGAACUGGUGGCAUAUUGCUUAGGUAGUGUUCAUAGAAAUGAGAAAUUUGCGUUCCGGAACAUUCUCUGCAGUCUUCGAGCACACUUGCAGAUAGAAGACCUAAAAAGUACGGAAACAGGAGCAAGAAAGAAAACUAUUGGUCAAGUGUUGACGGAAAUUUUCGAAAUAAUUUUAAAAAAGAUGAAAACUAGUGAUGGAUCUUACUGGAAAGACAUAGUAGUUAUGCUGACCAUCGAGAAACAAGAGCAAAAUGAUGAGAAGAAUGAAAGAGAUGAUAUUGCCGGAGAGGAUCUUGUUCCAAUUGCAAAAAAGAUGCCGGUUCUUUUCGAUGUUUUAUUUUAUUUUGCUUUGAUGGAUGUCAGUAACUGGAGCCAUACAAUCCACAGUAUCUUCAAACAACAGAUUUUAUGCAGUCAACACUUCCAAUUGGAACGUCUUGUUACGUUAACUUUCGAGUACACUGAGUUUAUCACGAACUUUUUCCGGCCUAUCUGUAAUUUUCUCGAUACUUUAAUGUGGUCUUCGAAACCGAUUUAUAUGCAAUUUGGAGCUCAUGGAUACAAAACUUUGUUUGUAAAACUUCCAUCAGAGCAGUCAGUGAUUUUUAAUAACAUUAUUCAACAUUUAAAUGGAACAGAAGAGGAAAUCACCACAACACUUUCAAUGUUGCAAGACAUCGCGGAAAACCACAGUGGAGAGAUUGCGAAGUUCUUUUUUGUCCUCAGUAAAAAAAUACCAUGUUUGAUUAAUUUUUCAUUCGACAAUGUAUGCCGGUUUUUUAAUAUAUUGCUUUUGGUGGAACGAACCGCCCAAAAAUCACAAAUUACUGGAAAACAGAAGGGAUUGGAUUUUGAAAUUGAACAAAUGAUAUCUUCAUCCUCGACAAGAGAAACAAUAUGGGGGAUCUUUGGUGUAUUAAUGCAACUGCAGCAAUAUCUAAUGAAUAACAGAUUAAACGCCGAUGAUCGUGAAAGCGUACUCAAACAAAAGUUAACAUUGCUGGAUGAACGAACAAAAUAUAAUGCUUACUUGCGCACAUGUUUCUAUCAGCAUUUUGCAAAGAUCCUGAGUAUCAGUACUGGAGUUGAAUACAGCGCUAUUUUGGUUGUCUGGGCUGAAAGGCUAUCUGUGGAAUUCAGACGAGAUUAUUUAAAACAGUUUGAACGAAAUUCUAAAGAAUGCCGUUUAGAAGAUGAACGCUAUAGCAACUCACUGCAUAAAGAAUGGUUUUGUUUAAGCAACCUGGUGAAAUAUUCCUCGAAAAUAUCCGGUUCUGCAAAUCGGGUUUUUGAACCAAUUGCUCAUUUUCAACUUCUUUUAGCGCUCACCAAGUUGAAAUAUUUAUGGGCCAAUAAACAAAACAGCGAUGGUUUUCUUAUGGAACUUCGCUUUAUAUUAGAAGCAAAUAUUUCAAUGGUUGAAAUCGAUCUAGAAGCGAAAGAUAACGAGAAUAGAAUUACAAAUUGUGACAUUUUUUUUUUCUGCAUUCAGUGGAUUCGUUUGAUGCUAAAUACAUUUGUAAGCGAUGAAAAGAUACAUGGGACGGAUGCGGAAGCUGUUCAUGUCAUAUUACGCAAAAGAUUUGCAUUAAUGAUGGAAUGUCAGAAAAGCCUGAAGUACACCAUUCAAAAAAUCGGAGAGUAUAGAAUGCCAUGUGUGUUGGAUUUUGAACAAACCGGAUUAAUAGUGUUUUACGAUAUUCCUAAGAAAUCAUCGUCUAUAAAAAGCCGGAAAAAUGCAGUCAGUAAUAGAAAGAGAAAUUAUGAAGGUGAAGAUGGGACAAAAUAUACAGAUGAUAAAGAAAGCAAACCAAGUGAAACAGUGGACAAAGAAAACAGGGAAGAUUUACAAAAAGAUACUACUCAAACGAGGGUUAGCAAAAUGAAAACUGUCGAAACUGAACAAUUCAGACACACGAUAACUAAAAAUUUGGGUCGACAGAGAUUAGUUGUUGAAUCUCAGCUGGUAUCCUUUUUCAUGCCACUCAAUUUCGCUACAGUUAUUCAUUUGAUUGAACUGUUGCCAAAGAAGAGGAAACAAACAACAUUUUUGCUAGAAACUUUGAGCAAACUGUUGGAAGAACUUUUACCUAAAAGAAACAGGAAAAUAUCUCUGUUUUUGGCGGCCCGAAAAACUGCUACGGAAAAGUUUUUGGAGAGUGGUAAUCCAAAGAUCGUUUGGCAUUCAAUUCAAUCUAUUAUCCCAACUUUAUUCAUCAUUUUACAUGGUGCGGUGGACUAUUUCAAAAAUCUUCUCGAUACAUCUGUCGUCCUCGAUAUUACCAAACGCUCCUAUCACGCUGAUAUGAAUGCUCUCAUGCAUUCAUCACUAGUCCUUUUUUAUAAUAUAUUUUCAUCCCAAGAUUUUAUGAAAACAUCCAGAGAUGAAUCAAUGGAAGAACAAAGGUCUCAUCAUUUAAGAAUGAAACGUCGAAAAUUGCUCAUGGAAAGAUUGGAAAGAGCGAUGAUUGAUGUUGGAGUUGUUGAAGAUACGCAAGGGGUAGAUGACGCAGAGGAUGUUAUUUCGAGCUACUUUAUAAGUAUUUCCGAGGUUGUCCCUACACUGGAAUGUGCUGUUUCUUUACUUCAGUUACUUUCCUGCGAUUUCACCGACGCACAACAGAAAUCCAAAGUUGCAAAAUCAGCACUUGCAUAUUUAAAAAGAGAAUGGUCUGAUGUAGAGGAAAGACCGGUGAAGGGUGCUUUGCUCAAUCAAGCGGUUGCUAGCAUUUUAAGGUUAUAUCUUUCAUUUCGGGAACAAACUGAGCGACUUUCUGCAAUCCAGUGGAUGCUAGCAAACAAAGUAUCUGAAUUAAUUCCAGAAGACGAGCGACGUCGAAGUAAGAUAUCAUCCUUGGAGCCCUGUCACGACAAGGAUUUGGAUGAGACUGAAGCAUCUCUUUUUAUCUGUUUUAGCAAAGGUACUUUUGCUUCCAUUUAUAAGGUUUUGUUCUGUUCAUUGAAUGAAACUAUCAGAAAUGUUUUGUCGUUACAAUCGAUUGAAACGAACAAACUUCACCAGGAUGAAUGCUUUGCACUUUGGAAGAUUGCUGCUAGUAGUUUCUGCCUAUUAACUCUGCUAAUCCGUGUAAAGGAGUUGCGAAAUGCUAGUGUGCUUUUAACUGCUGCACGUGAAGGGCGCUCAUUCUUGCAAAGUUUUGUUGUGAGAAGUUCCUUCAUAUAUCUGCUAUCAGACGAAUCUAGGUUUGCGAGAUAUGGUGCAGAAGCAAAUGCAAUUUUGAAGACAGUACAGAUUGGUAAUCGUUCAUUACAGAAUAUGAGUGCUCAUGCAAAGAGUACCAAAUGUGCAUCACUGUUGAAAUUGCUACCUAUGUUAAGGGCCGCAUCGGAGCAGUUUAUCAGAGCAAUUCAUCAGCUGAUGAUUGGCAUCGACUGCGAUAGCGCAUUUCAAAUUGGAUUGUUGAAGAGCAGGAAUUUAGAUGGUGAGGAACUAAAAGAAAUGGAAAUAGAAGUUGUUGAUAACUCACAACAAAGACCAUUAAGUGGCGAAGACGAAAACGACGAAAUGGAGCUUGAAGAGGAGCAAAGCGAUGUAGAAAUGAAUCUGGAGGAUGAUAGUCCAAUUUUUUAG